UGUCAGUUGAUAAAUAAUUUUAAUUAUUAUAAUAUUAUACAACUAUCCCCCGAAGGGGAGGUGAAUGGUGGUGGACGUACCGAGACGCGAAGAGUCGAGGUAUAUAUCUAGUGCUUAUAAUGAACCGACCCUGAGGGGGAUAGUUGUUUUGGUAUAAUUUUACCAAAUCAGUUGGAUAAAUAUCAAAAAGGAACUUUUUGUGAAUAAAAGACGUCACUUAGUUAGAGUUUGUUUACAUUUUAAUUAAUUGACAGUGUUUCCAGGAUCAUUUUUUAUGAUUUUGUUGCAAAUUCAGUAAGAAAAUGUUUUUCUACUGACCAGUAAACACCAACAAGCCAAAUUUUGUCUCUUUCUUGGUAUUUGUUAGUUGCAGCUGCUUCAUUUACUGCUAAAAUUUCGUCUUUCGAAACUGUCGCAAAACGGGGAGCCAUUUUGAAUCCCGUCCCAAAACAGUGAAUAUCCAAGGAUAUUCCGAAUUACGGGAGCCUGAAUCAGAAAGCGCGAAAAUUGCUAUCCACUGAUUUGGUGAAUACUAAUAUGGAUUACUUCAAAACUAACUCAAUGCAAUGAUGUAGUUUAAAUUUGUGUAAGAAGACUGGCUUGUCUACAUACACUUAUCAAAAACUCUCUGCGGAAGUUUUACUUUAGCCCUGAUCGGUGAUCAAACUCAGGGCUAAUGCAGGGGUUUCAUUAAGAAUUGCAGUAGCAGGAGAAUAGUGUAAAGUAACUGGAGAAUAUUUUGAAAGAGCGAAGGCCUUUCCCAGAAAGAGCUUGAAAACAAAAUUUGCUAAACGGAAGUCUGCUUUACUACAAAACAAUAAAGUGCGAAAAAAAAUUCUGCCUUUAGUUCAGUUACUACAUACUAAACCCCAAUGUUGCCUCACCCUCAGAACAACAUUUCUUCAAAUGACAUCUGCUCUAGCCUUUACAAAGAGAAAUAUACAAAACACUGACGUUUAUCUUCUAAAUAUUCUUGUCCGGACCUAACUCUUUCGUCACGUAUCACACUCUACCCAAACUUGUACAUAAUUAUGUGUUUGGCUUGUCAACACUUUGACUUCAACAGAGCCAAUUGGGUCUCCGAUAAUCUGCAUGUGAGCUCCGGUUGAUAUUUGUGAACAAUGGGAAAGGAAUUAACCACUUGAUUUAGCAGACGUUCAGGGGGCAGGAAUGUGUGACAAACCCCUAAGAAUGUCUGGGUGGGAGGUUAGGGAUAUCAAGGCUCUGGUCCAGCUUAUCCUCUUGUCUUCAGCCCAAACAACCCCUUUGUAAGCUUAACUUCACCCCCAAGGCCCGUGAAUAAUAUUAUUAGCUCCCCUUACUCAAAAGUUUUAAUGAUCUUCCAUUGCAAACUAACCUCACAUUCCUUGCUGUUCACUUUAUGCUCAUUUCUUACUGUGGAAAGUAAAGACAUUAAAGUUAACAAAACUGAAAAUGAAAGUAAUAAAUUAUUAUGUUGAAGUUGUGUGGUGGCCCUGAGUCUCUUUCUGUAUGCAUGGGUUUGUUUAUGGAGUGUGAUGCGAACCAGUGAGGCAUGUGACAUAGACGUGCAAGGCAAGAACAACAUGUGCGAGGCAUCGACAAAAGCAUGUGAGGCAUAAGAGAACCAAAUACUCAAGCUGCUGUUUUUGGAAAGUUAGUUUUGAUGAUGUGUUUUCUUUGUAAAACACAAGUCUAGGUGAUGGGAAAUAGAUAGGUUUAUGGAAGAGGCAACUAACUUACACUCUACUAUAAAAUUCAUGGCUGGGAUGUCAGAAACAGAGGUCACUUUCUUGGACACAAAAGUGUACAUACUAAAUAAUCGAUACUCAUCCUGUACAAGAGAGGAUACCCCCUCUCUGCCUACUCCUCGUGCCAACCCAUUUCCUGACACUGACUCUAAACAUCACAUAAUCUGGUAUUGUGAAACUUCUAGAGCUUGAGGGCCUGACUUCAUAUCCUGUCAUGUGUUAAGAGAGGCCUCUACCCAACUAGCUCCUUAUCCCUGGUGCAUUUUUUGUUUGAACUGGUCAGGUUCCCUUUAAUUUGAUUGGUUGAAUGCCAAUGUAAUGCCAUUAUUCAAGACUCCAAAUAAAAAUACAUGUAUUGUCUUGUCUACGUCGGGCUACGUAUACUUAAGUGGACCAUUAAUUUUUCCCGGGACUUUAUUUUGGAAAGAAAAAAAGGAGAAAUCAUGCCACACGGUGUAGCCUUUGAAAACAGUCACCUCUCCUUGCUCCAUGCUGCAAGGGACAUUUCACCAGGCUACAUGUGGUGUGACAAAUCGAAAUGGGAAAUGUCAAGCAAGACACAAUGGCACAUGUCUAACCUUAUCCAGAACUCAAAGUGAAUUUUUUGUACAUGCAUCUCUACUCUUUCCUGCUCCAUGCCUUGUUAAAUAAGGAGACGUCCCUACAUCAGUGAACUUAUAACUGUCCAACCCAAAUCUACCUACGGUCUCCGCUCAAACAACAGUACUCUGCUGCUACCUCCUACACAGAAAAUGCUGCCUACACUUGGUGCUCGCUCCUUUGCUGCUGCUGCCCCUGCAGUUUGGAUCAAACCUCCUUCUGUUAUCAGAAAUGUUGCUUCCUUAAAAUAGUUUUAAGAAAUCAAUCAAAGACCUUUCUUUUUAACGAGUCACUUUAAAUUUUAUUUCUUACUUUUUCUCCAUUCAAUAUUGUAUUUAAUUUUAUGUGAAAUUUUUGUAAAGCGCUUUUAAUAGCAUCUGGAACGAGGGCUGCGAGUUUGUAUGUGUUAAGAAACUUCAGACACCAGGUAAACAAUUUUAGUGUUAGUGGUGACUGAAUAAUCUGUCAUGUUCAUUUUAGAGAUCCUGUGAAAGAAGGGAGGGAGAAUUUGUGGAAGCCAGAAGAGGGUCGAUCACACAAGAACAAAACACACGUGCUGCCUUUUCUCAGCAAUAUGGGCAAUAUAGCAGGGCAGUAAGUUAAACAAUUUUUUUUUCUUUUCACGUACAGUUAUGCAUGUAUUGUCAAAAAGUAAAGCUCCUUUUUAGAUUGAUGACUGCAGUUUUAUUUAAGUUAUGAAAGAAUCCUUCUUUAAUUAUCUUAAUACUUCAUUUCCAGCUUUUAAUCAUGGGGAAAAAGUAGCCUGUGUUUGUUAUAACAAAGUUUUAUAAUAUUAUUGUUCUUUUCCUUAUAAUUAUAUAUAUAUUUUACUGUUACUGGGAUAAAGAAUACUGUUUGUUGUACUGAGAACUUUGUUAAUUCUUUAUAUUACAAUGUACAUGAUACCUUUAAUUUGAGGUUUUAUGUACUAUGUGAUAAUAAACAUUUAUACACUGUAGACAUAAUGUCUAUUCUUUUUCUCACCUGAUUGUUACAUUAAUCUGGUUUAAAGGCACCAGCUGAGAACUGUGAAAUUUGCAGUAGAUGUACAUGUGUGUGCAUAACUGAGGAACAACCACAGCUGCAAAAUCACCAGUGCGAAACAGAAGAUUGUUCUGUCUGUUUGGGGGUGAGUUGAACUCCUCUUUUUAUUGUUUAUCUUGUGUCAGUUGAUAAAUAAUUUAUUAUAAUAUUAUACAACUAUCCCCCGAAGAGGAGGUGAAUAGUGGUGGAUAUGUUGUAGUUCAAUUUUUACCUCUGGUUAAAUUUUUUUAAACUGGUUGAAUUUUUUUGAACCAGUUAGUUUUUUUUUAAACCGGUUUAAUUUUUGUAAAUCAGUUUUUAAUCAACUGUCUGAAAAAGGGCCUUUAAUUUUUUGGGGUGUGGAUAAAAAAUAGGGGCUUGGCUUUUUAGGGGGGGUCAAAGAUGAAGAACUAGAUGUAAGAAGAAUAAACAAGUGAAUUUCCGCCUCACUCUCUCCACCAACCCCCUCACAGUUUCUAACCCUACACUACUACCCCUCAGUUUCUUAUCAACCACCCCUGAUAGCCCCCUGACAAGAACUUACCACUCCGUUACCACUUUGCGCUUACCUUACUCAGUAACAAUUUCCUUCUUUUUUGCAACCUCAUUCUGUACUCACCAGGAUUUGAACCUCCAACCUCCAGAUCUGUUGCCAUCUGUUCUCUCCAUUAGGCCAUGCUAGAUUUCAUUGAAAGCCAUUUCAUUUUUGUUGCUAUUAUAAUUUAUUGGUCUCAGACUCCCCUCUGCUCGGCCAACUUAAUUAUUAAAAUAUUCGUACACUUACAUGCAUGCGCUUUUGAUGCACACUUGGACUUGCAAUUUUGAUAAGAUGGCGGAAGCACCGACGGAAGAGAACUGCUGCGUUUUAAAAGACAUUUUUCACCACAAAUUAGAUGAUUUAAAAGCGAAACAGACCAAACAUGAAUCUCUUAUAACGUUGUUUAUCGACGACCACUUUUUCGAGAAGGCAAAGAGAUAUUUGAAACAUCAAGCAGAAAAGUCCCUCGGACUAGACUCAGCACAAGAAACCUGUUUACAAAUGACCAAAUGGGAGAUCAACACAAUCAAGCGAAAGAACUGGUCCUUUGAAAAUGAUUCGCUAGUAACGGAAGACAAAAAGAAAGUGGUCCCCAAAGGACAGCUUCAUGAGGUCUUAAGCCUUGCUCACAGACGCAUUAAUCACCGAGGAAGACAGAUAACCAGCAAAUGGAUCAACAAUAACUACAGCGAAGUUAACAGUAAGGUAAUCAGCCUGUUCGUUACUUCAUGUCGUUUUCAUGUUGAACAACAAUCUAUUACCAGUCGUGUGAAAAUGGUGGAAAAACCUCUUCAGUCUCCGCGUUUUCUUUCUCUUCUGGAGAUUGACUUAAUGGAUUUCAGAAACUGUCCAUGCGAUUGCAGAGAACCUCACACCUGGGCGAUUAACAUCAUAGAUCAUCACACCAAAUAUGUUUACGUUUCACCACUUAUAAACAAAACUGCUGAUGAGGUACUGAGAGUCAUCAAAAUUUACUGUCACACAUAUGGUUUCCCCAAAAUGAUUCUCACCGACAAUGGAAAGGAAUUCAAGAACAAAAAAAUGGAAACAUUCUGCAACGAAAAUGGGAUCAAGCAAGGGCAUGGCUCUCCACGUACUCCCACAACGCAAGGUCUUGUGGAGAGAGCAAACAGAUCAUGGAAAGAAGACAUGAGAGCGCUAAUAGUUUCUACUAAUAAAGAAAGCAACAAAUGGUGCCAGUCUACUAUGGAAGCUGCUUAUGUAAGAAAUAUUGCCUACCACCGUGCUAUCAAGCAGAGUCCUUAUGAGGCAGUAUAUGGCAUAAAGCCACACAGGGAGCAGCUUAACCCUUCAUUGUCACUUGACCAGGCAACUGAAGGUGAAGCUCCAGUUACUACUAGUGACACAGGUGAAAGUACCCAAUCCAUAAGUGAUGAACGGACAAAAAAGCGCAAAUCUAUCAGUGAAAAUCAGGAAGAUUACAACAACAGAAUGAUAAAACAAACACGGCAGAGUUCCAGAAGCAAAUCUUUCAAAGUUGAUGAUAUGGUCUCUAUAAAGAUUGAUAAAGUUGAUAAAAAAAACACCCAUGCAUCCAAAUAUGCUGAUGGGAAAAAUUACUGCUACAGAAAAUGGCUAUGCCAAAGUUGUCACUCAAUUUGGAGUAAUCCAAGGUUACAUUGCAACAUCCAGGUUACAGCCUUGUACAGCAACUGGUGUGAAAUUAAAUUAUGACAAAGAAAUUUCAUUUUCGAGUGCUUGUAAAGAGGCACACAAUUCAAAUUGAACAUUGAAGCAUGUUUAUCAUGGACAGUCAUCAUGAACAUAUUAUCAUUUGAACAUAAUUAUAUAGAGUGACUUUAGUACCUUCCCAUUUUUGUAUUACUUCUAUUACUUAACUGUGAACAAUAAAAAGGUACGUGUUGCAAAAACAAUAAAAUUUCAGUAUUUUUAAACCAAAAAAAAGACUCGUACAAACGUUUCAAAGAAGAGUUUUGCUCAAUACAUUCCUCAAACCAGGAAAUAUAACCUGGACGUCAGUAAUAAACUGCAAUCAAAGCUUUAAGGAGAGAACAGUGACAUAUCAAGCAUGAACCAUCAUCCUGAACAGCAAUGGAUAACAACAAAGAUAAUCGCUGCAUUUACCGCUUCCCUCUCUUAUUCUGGUUUCACAGUAGAAAUAGUUCCUAAGCCUCUUCCAUUGGUGGCGAUGCACAGAGUACAACCUGUAGUAACCUGUAUUAUCCCUAUCCUUAACCCUAACCCUAACCUGUAUUAUCCCUAUCCUUAACCCUAACCCUAACCUGUAUUAUCCCUAACCCUAACCCUAACCCUAACCCUAAUCUGUAAAAUGAGUGCUUAAACCUAAUUAGUAAAAUGAGUGCUUAACCCUAAUCAGUAAAAUUAACACUUGCUAAAAUGUGUGACACCUUAAUAUCACGGGUUUAUUUUACACAGAGUAUUUUACAUGCAGAGAUACAAAUAAAUGACAAUGAGAGAUGUGUUUAAAAAUUUUAAACCAGUGUGAAAAUUUCACACCAGUUUGAAAAAUUUAAACCAGUUUAAAAAAAUUCAAACCAAAGAAAAAAUUUGAACUACAACAGAUAUAUAUACCAAGACGCGAAGUGUCGAGGUAUAUACCUAGUGCUAUGAACCGACCCUGAGGGGGAUAGUUGUUUUAGUAUUUACCAAAUCAGUUGGAUAAAUAUCAAAAAGGAACUUUUUGUAAAUAAAAGACGUCACUGAGUUAGAGUUUGUUUACAUUUUAAUUGACAGUGUUUCCAGGAUCAUUUUUUAUGAUUUUGUUGCAAAUUCAGUAAGAAAAUGUUUUUCUACCGACCAGUAAACACCAACAAGCCAAAUUUUGUCUCUUUCUUGGUAUUUGUUAGUUGCAGCUGCUUCAUUUACUGCUAAAAUUUCGUCUUUCGAAACUGUCGCAAAACGGGGAGCCAUUUUGAAUCCCGUCCCAAAACAGUGAAUAUCCAAGGAUAUUCCGAAUUACGGGAGCCUGAAUCAGAAAGCGCGAAAAUUGCUAUCCACUGAUUUGGUGAAUACUAAUAUGGAUUACUUCAAAACUAACUCAAUGCAAUGAUGUAGUUUAAAUUUGUGUAAGAAGACUGGCUUGUCUACAUACACUUAUCAAAAACUCUCUGCGGAAGUUUUACUUUAGCCCUGAUCGUUGAUCAAACUCAGGGCUAAUGUAGGGGUUUCAUUAAGAAUUGCAGUAGCAGGAGAGUAGUGUAAAGUAACUAGAGAAUAUUUUGAAAGAGCGAAGGCCUUUCCCAGAAAGAGCUUGAAAACAAAAUUUGCUAAACGGAAGUCUGCUUUACUACAAAACAAUAAAGUGCGAAAAAAAAUUCUGCCUUUAGUUCAGUUACUACAUACUAAACCCCGAUGUUGCCUCACCCUCAGAACAACAUUUUUUUUAAAUGACAUCUGCUCUAGCCUUUACAAAGAGAAAUAUACAAAACACUGACAUUUAUCUUCUAAAUAUUCUUGUCCGGACCUAACUCUUUCGUCACGUAUCACACUCUACCCAAACUUGUACAUAAUUUAUGUGUUUGGCUUGUCAACACUUUGACUUCAACAGAGCCAAUUGGGUCUCUGAUAAUCUGCAUGUGAGCUCCGGUUGAUAUUUGUGAACAAUGGGAAAGGAAUUAACCACUUGAUUCAGCAGACGUUCAGGGGGUAUGAAUGUGUGACAAACCCCUAAGAAUGUCUGGGUGGGAGGUUAGGGAUAUCAAGGCUCUGGUCCAGCUUAUCCUCUUGUCUUCAGCCCAAACAACCCCUUUGUAAGCUUAACUUCACCCCCAAGGCCCGUGAAUAAUAUUAUUAGCUCCCCUUACUCAAACAUUUUAAUGAUCUUCCAUUGCAAACUAACCUCACAUUCCUUGCUGUUCACUUUAUGCUCAUUUCUUACGGUGGAAAGUAAAGACAUUAAAGUUAACAAAACUGAAAAUGAAAGUAAUAAAUUAUUAUGUUGAAGUUGUGUGGUGGCCCUGAGUCUCUUUCUGUAUGCAUGGGUUUGUUUAUGGAGUGUGAUGCGAACCAGUGAGGCAUGUGACAUAGACGUGCAAGGCAAGAACAACAUGUGCGAGGCAUCGACAAAAACAUGUGAGGCAUAAGAGAACCAAAUACUCAAGCUGCUGUUUUUGGAAAGUUAGUUUUGAUGAUGUGUUUUCUUUGUAAAACAUAAGUCUAGGUGAUGGGAAAUAGAUUGGUUUGUAGAAGAGGCAAAUAACUUACACUCUACUAUAAAAUUCAUGGCUGGGAUGUCAGAAACAGAGGUCACUUUCUUGGACACAAAAGUGUACAUACUAAAUAAUUGAUACUCAUCCCGUACAAGAGAGGAUACCCCCUCUCUGCCUACUCCUCGUGCCAACCCAUUUCCUGACACUGACUCUAAACAUCACAUAAUCUGGUAUUGUGAAACUUCUAGAGCUUGAGGGCCUGACUUCAUAUCCUGUCAUGUGUUAAGAGAGGCCUCUACCCAACUAGCUCCUUAUCCCUGGUGCAUUUUUUGUUUGAACUGGUCAGGUUCCCUUUAAUUUGAUUGGUUGAAUGCCAAUGUAAUGCCAUUAUUCAAGACUCCAAAUAAAAAUACAUGUAUUGUCUUGUCUACGCCGGGCUACGAUACUUAAGUGGACCAUUAAUUUUUCCCGGACUUUAUUUUGGAAAGAAAAAAAGGAGAAAUCAUGCCACACGGUGUAGCCUGUGAAAACAGUCACCUCUCCUUGCUCCAUGCUGCAAGGGACAUUUCACCAGGCUACUGUGUGGUGUGACAAAUCGAAAUGGGAAAUGUCAAGCAAGACACAAUGGCACAUGUCUAACCUUAUCCAGAACUCAAAGUGAAUUUUUUGUACAUGCAUCUCUACUCUUUCCUGCUCCAUGCCUUGUUAAAUAAGGAGACGUCCCUACAUCAGUGAACUUAUAACUGUCCAACCCAAAUCUACCUACGGUCUCCGCUCAAACAACAGUACUCUGCUGCUACCUCCUACACAGAAAAUGCUGCCUACACUUGGUGCUUGCUCCUUUGCUCAUGCUGCUUCCCCUGCACUUUGGAACAAACUGCCUUCUGUUCUUAGAAAUGUUGCUUCCUUAAAAUAGUUUUAAGAAAUCAAUCAAAGACCUUUCUUUUUAACGAGUUACUUUAAAUUUUAUUUGUUACUUUUUCUCCAUUCAAUAUUGUAUUAAAUUUUAUAUGAAAUUUUGGAAAGCGCUUUUGAUAGCAUCUUGAAAGAGCACUAUAGAAAUUUUUAAUUUAUUAAUUUAUUCAAUUUAUUGUCUACGAGUCCUCAGCUACUAUGUUUGCUGUGAUGAGGUCAACUGAGGUGAAUGAUGUAAACAGAUAUUUUGAAGCCUGGCCUGCGAAGGGGGUGCUAAUAUGUCGUUUGCAUGUCUGGAUUUUAAAGUGUCUUUAUACUUCAUGUCACUGUCAGAAGUUAAAACGUUUUUUUAAAAAAUGUCGUGAUAUCAUUUUAUUUGCUUUUGCUUCCUGGAAUUUACCCUCACAGGGCCCCAGAUUUGUCAACAUUCACCAGAGUGUAGAUGAGGCUAUAAGCAAAUAAAUAAAAUUAAUAUUGUUCUUUUCUGGAAAAGUAUAAAUGGAUGCCGAGUUUGUAUGUGUUUAGAAACUUCAGACUCCAGGUGAACAAUUUUUAUAGUGUUAGUGGUGACUGAGUAAUCUGUCAUGUUCAUUUUAGAGAUCCACUGAAAGAAGGGAGAGAGAAUUUGUUGAAGCCAGAAGGGAGUCGGCACAAGAACAAAACAUAUGUGCUGCCUUUUCUCAACAAUAUGGGCAAUAUAGCACAGCAGUAAGUUAAACAAAUUUUCUUUCUUUUCGCAUACAGUUAUAAUGCAAAAAUGUAAGUUAGAGCUAUUUUGCAAACAUAAUAAUUUUAUGAAACACUUAUCUUGCAGAGUGACAAUCAAGGUUGCUUUUAGAAAUAAUAGGUGACAUUGGGUUUGAGGGCUGUGAAACUUCCAGAAGGGAGGGGAUUCAACAAUUAAUUAUUGUUAUUGUUAUUAUUAUUAUUAUUAUUAUUAUUAUUAUUUACCAGUAUUUCUACAGGAUUUACCCCUUCAGCAGAGCUGAUUUCAAAAGGGGUCCUGAUAAACUAAAACUAUAUGCAUGAGAAUAUAACAAAAUAGGAAAAUGCACGGUGAGAGGGAUACUUGAAAAAUGAGCUAUACAGCAAAAUUACAAAAUAACAGUCCUCAGCGUCUCUUUAAAUUGAGGUAAAGAUUUGCACUGGUCUGCUGAGUCCGGGAGUUCAUCGUAGUUCCUUGCUACCAGUGGUAUGUAAUGGAUUUCUUUCUAAAUUCAGUUCACACAGCCAGAGGUACAACAUAAAAUUCUGACUGCCCCUCUUUGUAUGGCUGUGUCGUCAGCAUACACCUCUUUGGAGAACACAUUGAAUAUUCAUAGAGGAUGAAUAGAAGAGGGCUGAAAAUGCUUCCCUGCGGAACUCCACUAGUAACAUUUUGGGGCCAGGAUAUUACACCGUUAAAGCACAAAUAUUUAGGUUCAAGAUGGUCCACUUUAUUCAUUAUUCAUUUCCUACUGAGUUAUGAAAAAUUAUGCACGAAUUUCAUGCGCAUUUUAACUUCUUUUACAUGUAGUUUUUAUUAUGUUAAUUACGUAAUUUUAUUUACGUUUGAUUGUGUUAAAACGCAACACCAAAACCAACACAGGAAAUCGCAAGCAGGUAAGAUAGGUCCAUCCUGCCUGUUUGGGUAGCCAAUCAGUACACAGGAUUCACUUCGCCUUGCCCGCUCGCAGAUUCAGCCAUAUAACAAGUCGAAUUUUAACUUUUGAAUCUUUAUGUACUUGGCAAAUCUUCAACUUAAAAGUAAUAGAGCUUUAGUCUUUGGUAUUCGAUCUGUCCAGCCAUCAUUAUAUGACCACUGGUAGACUUAGUUCAAGUUGGUCAGUGGGAAAAUUUAGACAGACGUCUGAUGAUUGAUAGACUCCCAUUACAGCUCAAGCCUCGUACAUGAAUCAGUUUAAGGGAAAUCCUUAUCCUUCACUCUGGGCCAUCCCAAAAAUUUCCAGAAACGUUUAUUUAUUUUUUUGUGAUCAAUGUUAUUUUUUUUGUUUGGUGGGCACCAAUAAAAUGUUGCUUGCCAGUCAUGUGGAGUCAAAGUACGUCAAUGACCGACUGGGUAGCAAACAGGUGUUUGUGGAGGAAAGGAGUAUAGAUCUAACUCCCUUAAAAACGCCUUUAUUUAUUGUGCGAGGCUAGUUGAGUAGAAACAACGGAUAGGAGACUGCAGUUCUGACAGGCUUGAUAAGUGUUUGUUGUUAGCUACAAAUAUGUAGACUUUCUAUUUUUUGACUCAUCAUUCUUAUAAUUUGGUUUAAAGGCGCCCACCCACAACUGUUGGAUUUGCUGUAGGUAUGUUGACUGCCAGCUUCCUGAAUCUCACCAGGAGUGUGAACCUUUUGAGUGCUGUAUCUGCUUGGGGGUGAGCUUAAAUUAUCUGUUCUUCUUGCACAUUUGUUUUCAAUAUGCCUAGAACUACCAAUAUUUGUAUUUCACAUACUUAUCACUGGCGGAUCUCAGGGGAGGGUGCAGGGGGUGCGCACCCCCCCUUCGAGAUGACCUGCGGUUUUCUAAUACAACUGGUAUUCUGCAGAAAAGAACUAUGUGGUUUACUGGUGUUGAAGUAGAGCAAGAGACGAGUGCACCCCCUCCUAAAAAACAUCCUGGAUCCGCCCCUGCUUAUAUCCUUAUAUACACAUUAUUUCUUCUUGUAUUUUAAAUUGCCGCCUAGAAAUUAUGCAAUCAAAGUGUUAAGGAUUUAAAAUGCCCAAGGGGGUGGGGGAGAAUCUCUGCUUCUUAUUAGCUCAUUGGCUUCUUGGAGAUUUCCCUGCCAGAGUCACUUUCCCGUCUGUUUAUUUUAAUUAAUCUUAUUAAUCUAUUUGUUAUGAUUUUACUGCCACUUUUUGUAAUUUUAUUUUGUGUGGUAAAAAUAAUAAAACAAAAUAAAUAAAAAUGAAAUAACUGUGAGCAUCAUAGCACUGAUAGGAUGUACACUCUUUUUUCACGUAAUAAUCGUUAUGUCAUUAAUUCAAAUAAGAAGAACCUUGUUCAUGUGGGUAGGGUUGUGUUAUUACUGAUUCUCUGGCCAGUACAGUGGUAAAUUGUUAUUUUUUUUUUGUUAAUCUCAGCUGUUAGAUCCAGACAUUGAUUGCUACACAUUGCCAUGUUUGCACCAGCUACAUGUAGAAUGUGCCAUUGAGCUGCUUAGAAAUGACCAGUAA